AAAAGAGAGAGAGAGAGAGAGAGAGACUUCUGCUCUGUGAGAGACUCUUCAGAGAGAGAGAGAGAGAGAGCGAAGACUCUGUCAAAAAAUACUUUAAAGGGUUUGGAGAUUAGGGUUUUUUUUGGGGGGUGGUUGAUUUCUGGGGGGAGGAUUGAUCGGAAUUUUGGGUGGGGGGAGAUGUACGUAGGUUCUAUGCGAAAGUCUUUCAAGGACUCUCUUAAAGUGCUUGAAGCUGAUAUCCAACAUGCUAAUACUCUGUGCAGGGCUUCUGAUUUUCCAAGGGAGUAUGAUGGUGCAUGCCUUCAAAUGAGAAUGUCGUACAGUCCAGCUGCGCACCUCUUCUUAUUUUUGGUGCAGUGGACGGAUUGUCACCUUGCAGGUGCCCUUGGGCUGUUAAGAAUACUAAUUUACAAGGUAUAUGUGGAUGGAACUACCACCAUGUCUACACAUGAAAGGAAAGCAAGCAUAAGAGAGUUCUAUGCUGUUAUCUAUCCCUCUUUACUGCAACUUCAGAGGGGUGUAACUGAUACUGAAGAUAAAAAACAGAAAGCAGUGUGCAUGGAAAGGUACCGAAGAAAGGAAGAUGAAGAGUAUAGGCAGCUUACUGAUGUUGAUUUUGAAAGAGAAGAAGAAUGUGGAAUAUGCAUGGAGAUGAACAGUAAAAUUGUGCUGCCUAACUGCAACCAUGCCAUGUGCUUGAAAUGUUACCGUGAAUGGCGAUCAAGAUCGCAGUCGUGCCCCUUCUGUCGUGAUAGUCUUAAGAGAGUUAACUCUGGGGAUCUCUGGGUAUUUACAGACAGCAGGGAUAUAAUUGACAUGGCCACAGUGACGAGGGAGAAUCUUAGAAGGCUUUUCAUGUAUAUAGAUAAGUUGCCACUGAUUGUCCCUGAUACCAUUUUUGAUACUUACGAUUCCCACCUAAGGUGAAAAGUACAGUCUAAACUAUCUCCUCUGUGGUCUGAGUAUUGUCUGCUCGUUCCUCUUGAUUACAUAAAGACCAAAUCACCAAAUCGCUUGAUUUGGCUAAUUUUGGUCCAGCUAGUAUUUGCGCGGUGCUUUCUUCCCACUUCUCCUCAGAAGAAACCAUGCCCGAGUUAUUGUGGGCUGGUGGGUGAAGUCGAAUUAGUUCAUGUAGGAGCCCAUAAAUUGUAUUUAGUACAUUUGUACAUGCUUGUAUAGCCUAAAGUUUGAAGAUGCAAAAGUCCUUGCUGGAAUCAGGUCCUGCCUUAUCUGCUUCUACUGCUGGUUUUUGUGCUAACUUCCUUUGAACUUUGUAUGAAUCAUUUCAAGAAUCACUAAUAAAAUAAUUCCUGAAGAUAUGCUCAACAACUUGAAUAGAA